AUGGACCCACUAUGCAGGAUUCUUAAUGCCAUGUUUCCGAAGGUUCAGAUUAAUCAACAGGACCCAAAUAUGUUGACCUAUUCUACUAAUCAUUUGUUCUUCAUUGACGACCUAAAGAUAUUCGCUCUUAAAGAAGAUGUAGUAAUUAAAAUGAUGGAAGCUGUUGAUGGAUUCUUUAAAAUUGUUGAUUUGGAGAUGAAUUUAGAAAAGUUAGCAUCAAAUGUUAAAUCGUUAUCUUGCUGCGAAACUUUGGAAGGAAUCAAAGGAUAUCGUUAUUUGGGUGUACUUGAAGAUGGGGGAAGUAAUGUCCUUAAGAAUAAAGUAAUGGAUUCUAUCCUUGGAAAUGUUAGGAAAAGGAUAACUAUGCUUUCAUAA